GUGCAUCCACCCCAUGGUGCCCAGCAUGUCGCCAACAUUUUCAUGUAGAAGGAGACCCGGAUUGCGCAAAAGGGAAACGUGUGUCGUAUGCGGAAAAAAACAAAGUCCUGGAAAGCUCCGUCAGGGCCGAAUUCCAAAGGCAGGGAUCGAGUGCUGAAGGACCCCGCUCCAAGGAAAGAUGAGGCAAAAAAAACUCCCCCCCCCCUUCCUCGGAAUGAGGAACGGGUGGAAGUGGAGAAAGGAGCAAAGGGCCCAGAUGCCCCAUCAAGCGGAGAGAAGGAUCUGGAAAAGCCGCCUGAACCUGAUACAAAGAUAGAUAUAGAUGCGGAGAAAGAUCAAGGGGAAAAAGAGUUAGGGGAGAAAGAUGCGAUGGACGAAGACAAGAUAGCAGCAGGAAGAGAGAAGAGGAAAAGGGAGGAGGACCCCGUGGAGGAAAGAGAGAAAGCGGAGGAGGAACUCGAGGAAGGGAGGAGGAAAGAGCGAGAGUUCGGGGGGAACAGGAAAGGAGUGGAGGAGGAGAAGGAAGAGGACGGAGGGAAGGGUGGUAAAGAGGUGGACGAGGAAGAGGCAAAGCCCCCCUCGCCGAAGGACAAGGAGGGCUGUAAGGGGAAAGAAUGGGAAGAGGACAUGAGUGAAGCGGCCUCCAGCUCAGACAGCGAGAUGAGUGAGGACAGUGAUGAGGGAGAGGAUGACACGGAUGGAGAGGAGAUAGGAUUGGCUGCGAUUAAAACCCCGGAACAUGCCGCAGUUAAAAUUUUCCAUAAUGAAAUGUUUGAAGACAAAACAGAAAUGCGGGCUGUUAAGACACUGGACGUGGGAGACUCUUCUUCAGAUGAUGAUUUUGUGGAUUGUUGAGAGACUAACUCUACACCAGACAAGGACAACACGCUGAGCAAGGAGGACAGACAAAGGCUAGCCAUAAAGGCAGC